AUGGCCGGGCCACGCAAACCCAAACCCGCGCCCCCAAAAGGCCCAUCAACAACCCUCGUCCUCGACAACGGCGCCUCCACCAUAAAAGCCGGCCUCAUCCACUCCUCCACGAUCCCCUCCGAACCCCGAAUCAUCCCCAACGUGAUCGCCCGCGACCGCACGCGCAAAGUCUACGUCGCAUCCGAGCUAGAAAAGUGUCGCGAUUUCGGCGAGAUACAGUUCAGACGGCCUGUGGAGAAGGGCUUCAUCGUCAACUGGGAGGCGCAGAAGGAGAUAUGGGACAGGGAGAUUUUUGAGAGGGAGGAGUUUGAACCUAAGGAUGCGAGGUUGAUACUCGCUGAGCCGCCGAAUGGACUGCCGAUUCUGCAGGCGAAUUGCGAUCAAAUUGUUUUUGAGGAGUAUGGCUUUGCGAGUUAUUAUCGGGGGAUAGGCUCGACGUUUAAUGCAUACCACGAUGUUCAGAAUAUCUUCCGAACGCCGCAAGAGGCUCCUACGGUCGCUAAUACCCCUGCCGAAGCCGUCAUGGUCAUCGAUUCCGGAUACUCGCAUACAACCAUCACACCAGUGCUUCGCGGCCAACCGUUACAAUCCGCGAUCAAACGACUAGACGUUGGCGGCAAGGUUUUGACGAACUACCUCACACGAUUGAUCUCUCUCCGACACUUCGACAUGCGUAACGACACAUACAUCGUCAACGAGAUGAAAGAACUAUCGUGCUACGUCUCAGCCGACUUCAAAGCCGAUCUUGAAAAGUCCUGGAAGGGAACGAGAGGCGAACGUCGACCAGAUUAUCUGACCGGCGGUGGUAUCGCUAAGGAUUACAUCCUUCCUGAUUUCCACACCCGCUUCAAAGGAACUCUCGUCGACUACGAUCCCGCACGCCAUUCCAAAGCUCGAAAAUUAGCAGCCCAAUCCGAAGAAGACGCCCUGACCCUGCGCAACGAGCGCUUCACCGUCCCCGAAAUCCUCUUCAACCCUUCCGACGCUGGGAUCCGCCAACCCGGUCUCGCAGACCUCGUGUACGAAUCCCUACAAGAACUGCCCAUUGGACUCUGGCCUGCUCUACUAGCCAACAUUAUCGUUGUUGGUGGGAACACACAUUUUGAUGGGUUUAUUCAGAGGUUACAGAAGGAGGUUGUACAGCGGGUGCCGGAUGAUUGUAUCGUUAGAGUCGCGAGGCCUGCGGAUCCGGUGACGCAUACUUGGUUUGGGGGUGCGAAUCUGGCGUGUCAUACGAAUAUUGAGAGGUUGGCUGUUACGAAGGCGGAGUAUGAGGAGCAUGGUGCUUCGUGGGUUGCCAAGAAGUUUGCUGCUGGGUUGGGGACGUGA